AUGUCUGCGGCCAAGGAGGCGGGGCCGAGCAGCAGGGCGGUGCUUGUGACGGGCGGGGCGGGCUACAUCGGCAGCCACGCCGUGCUGCAGCUGCUCACCGCGGGCUUCCGCGUCGUCGUCCUCGACAGUCUCGCCAACUCCUCCGAGCUCGUCAUCCGCCGCCUGCGCUCGCUCGCGGGGGCGGACAACGCCAAAAACCUCGCGUUCCACAAGGUUGAUAUCCGUGACAAAGAUGGAUUGGAAAAGGUUUUUGCUUCAACAAGAUUUGAUGCUGUUAUUCAUUUUGCUGGGCUGAAAGCUGUUGGAGAAAGUGUACAAAAGCCAUUGCUUUAUUACGACCAUAAUGUUGUUGGCACAAUAAAUCUUCUGGAAGUUAUGGCAGCUCAUGGAUGUAAGAAGUUAGUGUUCUCAUCAUCAGCUGCAGUUUAUGGGUCACCUAAGAACUCACCCUGCACUGAAGACUUUCCUCUCACUCCACAUAACCCAUAUGGCAGAACCAAACUUAUGGCUGAGGAGAUAUGCCGUGGUAUCUACCAUUCAGAUCCUGAAUGGAAUAUCAUUUUGCUUAGGUACUUUAAUCCGGUUGGGGCUCACCCCAGUGGAUACCUUGGUGAAGACCCAUGUGGAACUCCUAACAACCUUAUGCCCUUCGUUCAGCAAAUUGCUGUUGGCAGGAGGCCAUCAUUAACAAUAUUUGGAAAUAACUACGCAACAAAGGAUGGGACAGGGGUUCGUGAUUAUAUUCAUGUGGUUGACCUUGCUGAAGGACAUCUUUUCGCAUUAAGGAAGCUUUUUGAAAGCUCAUCUAACACAGGAUGUGAAGCGUACAACCUUGGAACCGGAAAAGGAACAUCAGUGUUGGAGAUAGUCAAUGCAUUUGAGAAGGCUUCUGGAAAGAAAAUCCCUUUGGUCAUGGGUCAACGGCGUCCUGGUGAUGCUGAGAUUCUCUUUUCAUCGCCGGCAAAAGCAGAGAGAGAGCUCCACUGGAAAGCGAAAUAUGGCAUCACAGAAAUGUGCGGAGACCUGUGGAACUGGGCUAGCAAGAGCCCUUAUGGAUACGCAGCAUCUGAGUCUCCCAAGCUGAAUGUCGAAGAGCAAUGCAUGGGGAUUGUCAUUUUUUUUUGCUUAUUAGAAUACGUCACUCUUAGGGUGUGA